CCCUCUUCCCUCCCCCCUCCCCCCCGAACUUUCCCUCUCGCAUGCUUUUCCCCUGCACCACGGAUCGCCUCUCGGAUGCCGCUCGCCUGGAAGCUGCGUUAGGAGCGAGCGGCGGCAGCGGCGGCGGCGGCGGCAGCUCGGGAGUGCUAUGACCGGCAAACUCGCCGAGAAGCUGCCGGUGACCAUGAGCAGUUUGCUAAACCAACUGCCUGACAAUCUGUACCCCGAGGAGAUCCCCAGCGCGCUCAACCUCUUCUCCGGCAGCAGCGACUCGGUAGCCCAUUACAAUCAGAUGGCUACAGAGAAUGUGAUGGACAUCGGUCUGACCAACGAGAAGCCCAACCCGGAACUCUCUUACUCGGGCUCUUUCCAGCCAGCCCCUGGCAACAAGACCGUGACCUACUUGGGAAAGUUCGCUUUCGACUCCCCUUCCAACUGGUGCCAGGACAACAUCAUUAGCCUCAUGAGCGCCGGCAUCUUGGGGGUGCCCCCGGCCUCAGGGGCGCUCAGCACGCAGACGUCCACAGCCAGCAUGGUGCAGCCGCCGCAGGGCGACGUGGAGGCCAUGUAUCCAGCGCUGCCCCCCUACUCCAACUGCGGCGACCUUUAUUCGGAGCCUGUGUCUUUCCACGACCCCCAGGGCAACCCUGGGCUCGCCUAUUCCCCCCAGGAUUACCAAUCGGCCAAGCCAGCCUUGGACAGCAAUCUCUUCCCCAUGAUUCCUGACUACAACCUGUACCACCACCCCAACGACAUGAGCUCCAUUCCGGAGCACAAGCCUUUCCAAGGCAUGGACCCCAUCCGGGUCAAUCCACCCCCAAUUACCCCCCUGGAAACCAUCAAGGCGUUCAAAGACAAGCAGAUCCACCCCGGCUUCGGCAGCCUGCCCCAGCCGCCACUCACGCUCAAGCCUAUUAGGCCCCGCAAGUACCCCAACCGGCCUAGCAAGACCCCGCUCCACGAGAGGCCCCACGCGUGCCCGGCGGAGGGCUGCGACCGCCGCUUCAGCCGCUCGGACGAGCUGACUCGGCACCUGCGCAUCCACACGGGCCACAAGCCCUUCCAGUGCCGGAUCUGCAUGCGGAGCUUCAGCCGGAGCGAUCACCUCACCACGCACAUCCGUACGCACACGGGGGAGAAGCCCUUUGCCUGCGAGUUCUGCGGGCGCAAGUUUGCGCGCAGCGACGAGCGCAAACGCCACGCCAAGAUCCACCUCAAGCAGAAGGAGAAGAAGGCGGAGAAGGGGGGUGCGCCCUCUGCAUCCUCGGCGCCCACCGUGGCCUUGGCCCCCGUGGUCACCACCUGCGCCUGAGGCUCGGGCCCCCAGAUCCCCUCUUUUCCCUUCCAGUGCCUCCUAGCUGCACGGCUGAAAGCAGCGGGAAAGCCAGCCACGGAAGCGCAGGGGCCGCGCCCUGGCCUCUCCCUGGACGUGCGGCCCCUAGCUUCCCUUCGAUGCCCCCUAUUCCCACCCUUUCACGUCGGCCAACGGUCGGGGGCUAGGGCUGGAGGCGCCUUCCUCUCUCCUCCGCGCCCCCCCCCACCUUAGCCAAGGCUUGGGGGCGGAAAGGUGGCGUCUAGCCCGCUUUGUUCAGUUAGGAUCGCCUUGAUCCUGGGGCCGCUGGGCCGCGCCGAGGACCUGCGGGGGGGCUGAAGGCGGGGCCCACCUAACCCUCGCUCAACCCAAGCACCUCAGUGUUUCCCCGUACCUCCCAGGGUUUCCCCCUCAAAGACCGGAGAGGGGGAGGGGUAAGGAGCGCACCAAAGCGCAGAGCUUGCUGCCGGCCCCGCACGCGCGCCCCGCGCGCGCCUGAGUGCGGGGGAUGCGCGCAAGUGGUGUGCGUGCUCGCGCGCGCGUGUGUGUGUUGUGUAUCUGUGUGUGUGUGUGUGCGCGCGCGCGCGCGCGUGUGAGACUCUUGAGCUGAACUGGGCUGUGUCUGCCCCAAACUCCCCACUUCGGGUCUCCA